UUAACACUCCGCGAAUUGUACUCGGAAAUUAACCAGCGGGUCUGUUAUUUAAUUGUUUUUCCUAACGGCAAUGGCGUUUGCCAAUAUCGUGAGACGUUCGGUUGGCACCGGAUUGGGGUUGCUCAGGGGACAACCAGCUGCGGCAACAGCAGGAAGCACCGUGUUCGGAUCGCAACAGCAGCGCGGUGCCGCAAAAUGGUACCCAGAUCCCGAGUUUAUGAAGCAAUUCAGCGGUGCUGUGAUGUAUCCUGACGAGGUUACCUCGCUGUGGAAAGUGCCACCAUGGAACAGUAAAGUCACUCCUGUAGAGAAAUCAGUUCGAAAUCUGACUCUAAACUUUGGUCCCCAACAUCCCGCUGCGCACGGUGUGCUUCGGUUAGUACUCGAACUAGAUGGCGAAACUGUAAUGCGUGCCGAUCCCCACAUUGGUCUGCUCCACCGUGGCACUGAAAAACUCAUCGAGUACAAGACCUACACGCAGGCGUUGCCCUACUUUGAUCGCCUGGACUAUGUGUCCAUGAUGUGCAAUGAGCAAUGCUACUCGUUGGCUGUGGAGAAGCUGCUCAACAUCGAUGUGCCUCUAAGAGCAAAGUAUAUCCGAACUCUGUUUGCGGAGAUUACACGCAUCCUGAACCACAUAAUGGCAGUGGGUACACAUGCGUUGGACGUAGGUGCGUUGACACCAUUCUUCUGGCUUUUCGAGGAACGCGAAAAGAUGAUGGAAUUUUAUGAACGUGUUUCUGGUGCUCGCAUGCAUGCUGCUUACAUUCGGCCAGGAGGUGUCUCAUUGGACAUGCCUCUAGGUCUGAUGGACGACAUCUACGAGUUUGCUUCGAAAUUCGCGGAGCGUUUGGACGAAGUUGAAGAUGUGCUUAGCACGAAUCGUAUCUGGGUGCAACGUACCGAAGAUAUUGGCAUAGUCACUGCAGAAGAAGCUCUUAAUUACGGAUUCAGUGGCGUAAUGCUGCGAGGCUCUGGCAUUAAGUGGGAUCUCCGCAAGCAGCAGCCUUACGAUGCUUACCAUCUGGUGGACUUUGAUGUGCCCAUCGGUACCAAGGGUGAUUGCUACGAUCGCUAUUUGUGCCGUGUGGAGGAGAUGCGUCAGUCAUUGCGCAUUAUAGAUCAAUGUCUUAACCAAAUGCCUGCUGGGGAAAUUAAGACGGAUGACGCUAAAGUAACUCCUCCGUCUCGAGCGGAAAUGAAGACAUCAAUGGAGGCUCUAAUCCACCACUUUAAGCUCUUCACCCAGGGCUAUCAAGUGCCACCCGGUGCCACCUACACUGCUAUCGAGGCGCCCAAGGGCGAGUUUGGUGUCUACCUAGUAGCGGAUGGCUCCAGCCGCCCCUAUCGGUGCAAGAUCAAAGCUCCUGGAUUUGCCCAUUUGGCAGCAUUGGAGAAGAUUGGUAAGCAGCACAUGUUGGCCGAUGUCGUCGCCAUUAUUGGUACUUUGGACGUGGUGUUUGGCGAGAUUGAUCGAUAGAAUAAUCAAAUGAAUUGUCUUUAAACGAAAUAUGAGUUAUUAAAACAUCGUAAUUACUUAUA